AUGGCGGCUCCUCAACAAGUGCCGGGGGAAGAAUAUGAUUACGAAGCACUCCCCUCAAACUAUGGCCUCGGUCGGAACAUGCUAGCUGGCGCUUUUGCCGGCAUCGCAGAGCAUGCGGUUAUGUACCCAGUCGAUUUGCUCAAGACUCGUAUGCAAGUCUUGCAUCCCACCACCGGAGGGCUCUACACAGGAUUGACACAUGCGGUUUCCACAAUCUACCGAAUUGAAGGGUGGCGAACGCUCUGGAAGGGCGUGUCGAGUGUGAUUGUUGGUGCUGGCCCCGCGCAUGCUGUCUACUUCGGUACAUACGAGGCUGUCAAGGAGAUGGCUGGUGGAAAUGUUGACGAUGGACACCACCCAUUGGCGGCCGCCAUGAGCGGUGCGGCGGCGACCAUUGCUAGUGAUGCCCUCAUGAACCCGUUUGAUGUGAUCAAACAACGAAUGCAGGUUCAUGGUUCCAUACACAAGACCAUCUUCCAAUGCGCGAAGUCCGUCUACAGGACUGAAGGUUUCCAUGCUUUCUACGUCUCCUACCCCACCACUCUCUGCAUGACCGUACCUUUCACCGCCACUCAGUUUGUCGCAUACGAGUCCAUCUCUAAGAUCAUGAACCCCAGUCUGGAUUACGACCCCUUCACACACUGCAUUGCUGGUGGUCUGGCUGGAGCCAUUGCCGCUGGUAUUACUACGCCGCUUGACGUGGUGAAGACUCUUCUGCAAACCCGUGGUCUUGCGCAGAACGAGGAGAUCCGCGCGGUCAAGGGACUGUUCGGUGCGGCCUCCCUCAUUAAGCGCCAGUUCGGUUGGAGGGGGUUCCUGCGCGGUGCUCGUCCCCGUAUCAUCUCCACGAUGCCCAGCACUGCCAUCUGCUGGACCUCGUACGAAAUGGCCAAGGCCUAUUUCAAGGGCCAGGUUGACAACUAG